UCCUUUUCUAUUUUCUCAUUGGAUGAUCUCCUGUUAGGUCCCGCCCCCCUGAGUGCCCCCGCCUUGCGGUCCCUCCCUCGGUUCACUCCGCUGGUCCCCGCUGCCAUGGACGGGCGGGGAGGCGGCAGCGGUGGCGGUAGCUGCAGCGCUGCGGGGAUGAGGGGAGCGGAGACAGCCGCCGCGGCUGAAGAGCAGCAGCCCCGUCCGGCAGGGAGACGAGGCACCCGCAGCCCGUGCAGCUCUGCGGGGACCCCGGGCACCGGCAAAGGUAGUCCGAAUGGGGAAUGCAGGCGGGAGCUCUCUGAGGAACCGCCCCGGGAGCACAAGGUGUCCUUCUCCACCGAACCCCCGCGGGGGUCCUCACCGGGAAAGGACACCGAAGAUGGAGAGGCCUUGGACGGGGAAGAAAGGAGCGGAUUCAUGCACCGCCAGUUCUCCGCCAUGCUUCAGCCCGGGGUCAACAAGUUCUCCCUGCGAAUGUUCGGCAGCCAGAAGGCCGUGGAGAGGGAACAGGAGAGGGUGAAAUCCGCGGGGGCCUGGAUUAUACACCCUUACAGUGACUUCAGGUUCUACUGGGACUUCACAAUGCUGCUCUUCAUGGUGGGAAACCUGAUAAUCAUCCCUGUGGGGAUCACAUUUUUUAAGGACGAAACCACCACACCAUGGAUUGUGUUUAAUGUGGUGUCAGACACUUUCUUCCUCAUGGACCUAGUGCUCAAUUUCCGCACAGGCAUUGUUUUUGAGGACAACACUGAGAUCAUCCUUGAUCCACAGAAAAUCAAACGUAAAUACUUGCGCACAUGGUUUGUAGUUGAUUUUGUGUCCUCCAUCCCUGUGGAUUAUAUUUUCCUCAUUGUGGAAAAGGGCAUUGACUCAGAAGUGUACAAGACGGCCCGUGCUCUUCGGAUUGUUAGGUUCACCAAGAUCCUCAGUCUGUUGAGGUUGCUCCGACUUUCCAGACUUAUCCGAUACAUACAUCAGUGGGAGGAGAUAUUCCAUAUGACAUAUGAUCUUGCCAGUGCAGUGAUGAGGAUCAUUAAUCUGAUUGCCAUGAUGCUACUGCUCUGCCAUUGGGAUGGGUGUCUCCAGUUCCUAGUUCCAAUGCUCCAGGACUUCCCUAGUAAUUGUUGGGUCUCUAUAAACAGAAUGGUGAAUGACUCGUGGAGUGAGUUGUACUCUUUUGCCCUGUUCAAGGCCAUGAGCCACAUGCUGUGCAUCGGGUAUGGGCGCCAGGCUCCUGAGAGCAUGUCUGACAUCUGGCUUACCAUGCUGAGCAUGAUUGUGGGUGCUACAUGCUAUGCCAUGUUCAUAGGACAUGCGACAGCUCUCAUACAGUCACUGGAUUCCUCACGCAGGCAGUAUCAGGAGAAGUACAAGCAAGUUGAGCAGUACAUGUCCUUCCACAAGCUUCCAGCUGAUUUUCGCCAGAGGAUACAUGAUUAUUAUGAGCAUCGUUAUCAAGGAAAGAUGUUUGAUGAAGACAGUAUCCUGGAAGAACUGAAUGAGCCCCUACGAGAGGAGAUUGUGAACUUUAAUUGCCGGAAGCUUGUGGCAUCCAUGCCACUUUUUGCCAACGCUGACCCCUGCUUUGUGACUGCCAUGCUGACCAAACUGAAGUUUGAGGUUUUCCAGCCCACGGAUUAUAUCAUCCGUGAAGGAACGAUUGGAAAGAAGAUGUACUUCAUUCAACAUGGGGUGGUUAGUGUCCUUACUAAAGGCAACAAGGAGGUCAAGCUCUCAGACGGCUCUUACUUUGGAGAGAUCUGCUUGUUGACCCGUGGCCGACGCACUGCUAGUGUCCGUGCUGACACCUACUGCAGGCUCUACUCUCUCUCUGUGGAUCAUUUCAAUGAGGUUUUGGAGGAAUAUCCCAUGAUGAGACGUGCAUUUGAGACUGUGGCCAUAGACAGACUGGACAGGAUUGGGAAGAAGAACUCCAUUCUCAUGCACAAAGUUCAGCAUGAUCUUAACUCUGGUGUCUUCAACAAUCAGGAGAAUGAGAUCAUACAGGAAAUUGUAAAGUAUGACAGGGAAAUGGUACAUCAGGCAGAGAUCCAGCAACUGAGUGGUGGAAUGUAUGCCACAUGCAAUCCUCCAUCCCCUCAACCGCAGGUUACUUCUGCAAUAGCUACUUUGCAACAAGCUGUAGCCAUGAGUUUCUGCCCCCCAAUGGCCAGCCCUUUGGUUGGAUCUCCACGUAUAAUGAGGAGGCUCCAGUAUGCUCAAGGAGGAUCAGGGGGCUUUUCCUUGUCUCCAGCCCUGUUCCAGCCCCCACUGCAACUCCUACAGCAUCAUCAGCCCCCACUUCAAGCUCAACGGCAGACAAACACAGCCAGCCCUCCCUCACAAUCUCCACGGGUGUCACAGAACUUUGCCUACCCAGCCAAGGGCCAAACUGGCUCUCAGCUAUCUCUUACUCAGUCCGGAUCUUCUGUCUCCCCUCAUCGGCUUUCCGUCCAUAAGAGCACCCACUCCUUACAUUCUGCCACUCUGACCCGUGAAUCUCGCCCACUCUCUGCCUCACAACCCUCAUUGCCUCAAGGGGCAUCACAGCUCCGCAGCCCACCAGCACCCCCUCCAACUGCUGGCAGCUUUACCUCCACAGGUGCAAAGGGAGGAUUUGGGCCACAAUCUGGGCCAAGGGUCCCAUUUCCUGCACGGCUAACCCUCUCUCAUCAGUUGUCUUCAUCUGGUUCAGUUGGUGGUGUUUCAGACUCUGCAGGGGCUACCUCCUUAGGGGGGAGAAAGGAUUCAGUUGUUAGUGCCCCGGAUACUGAUCCUGUGAGGGGGCGGCUAUCUGCUAACUUGUGAUGCAGUAACAAAGAAUGCUUCACUCCAGUGAGUGUUUCAGAUAAGCGUGUGCACAGUUAUAAAGUGAGGAGACAGUCGUACUACAAUAUACCCUCCCUCCCCCCCCCUUCCUGUGCUUCAUUUAUUUCUCCACUCAGCCUUCAUCAGUCUUUUGCGCCAAUGAAGGGAUCAAUACAUGCACCAACAUGGUGUUCACAUCUGCAAUUCAGUAUGAUGCAGACCCCUAUGAUUUUUCUUUUUUCAAAACAUGAAGCAAUACAAGGUCAGAUCAGGGUCCAAGAAAGUUUUCCCCAGCGAUAAAAUGCAGUGGUAACUUUAGCUUUCAGACUCCCUGCGCAUAGUGAUGUGCAUACAUUUGUAAAUUCCAUACAUUCAGACUGCUGACAUCGUAAAAAAUUACACUAUUUUCCAAAAUAACUGUAGUGAAGGCCAAGUGUAGCUGGUGAGAAGUUGUGAUAACGCUAGGGUUUAUUUAAUUUUUUUCUUUUUUUAUUUUGUCCAAAGCAAAUUAAGCCAGUUGUUGCAAACUGCAGGCGGUUUGUCAUGAAGUUUAAGCCUUCUACAGGAUUGUCACAGUUAAGGGGCAUGGCCAGGUGGCAGACUCCCCCUCACUUAUAGAAAUAUGGAACAUAAUAAUACAUAAUAUAAACAAAGAGUUUACAAUUCUAGUGUGUGAUACCAGUGUGUUCUAGGUCGUUGUUACAACGUUAAUGUUCCCCAUUUACAUACUCUAAUACUUAAUCCACUUAAGAGGCUAGUAUAAUGCAAUAGGCUUCAAAAGAAAAUAAAGACUUCUCGCUAUUACAAACUUACAGCUAGCUUAUGUGAUAUGUACAUACCAGCGGCAUGAAAAAAGGUAACACUGCUGUGCACAAUAUACGUACAUACAAAAGUGUGUCGGUCUACAUUAAUAUGCAUUUGUAAUAACCAAGUUAAAUUCACAUGCGCUGGAAAUACAAUUUGGCACAAUUAAUCUUUGUCCAUCCCAACCACGUACACUAAUCAUCAAGAUCCCAGGAACAGCUAACUUGUUUAUUUUUUUAAUUUGUUACCACUAUUAUCCUUGUCACCAUGUUUUGUUUAGUCCAUGGAUUGUAUUUUAGAAAGCCAUAUUGUGUAUAUCACACAGUUGUAUAUUAUAUAUGUAUAGUCUGUACUAUAUCCUGUUAUAUAAUGCAGGAAAAUGGGUGGGUGUUUAAAAAAAUAAAUAAAAUAUCAAGCUCUGUAUUCGGAUACAAUAAUUAUAGUAACCAUAAGAUAUUGCACACUAACGCAAAGCAUAUUUUUGAAUAAUCUUUGCUGUAGAGUGCUUUGUGGAAAUGCAUCCUAUUGGGGGGGGGGGGGGAGGGGGCAGUCCUAUUUGCUAAAGAUCUGAAGGAAUGCUUGUGGGGUAGUAAAUAAAUGCCAGUUUUAUGGUGUUCAGUCUUUUUGCUAAAGAAUAGUUUGCCUUUAGCAACAAUGUUUGACAUCCAAUUUUGAGAGCUGUAGAAUAUAAUGUAAAGAUGUCUUGGUAACACACAGAAGUCCAUUGAUUUAACCCCUUAAGGACCAAACUUCUGGAAUAAAAGGGAAUCAUGACGUGUCUCACGUGUGUCAUGUGUCCUUAAGGGGUUAAGCAAGUUAGGGCUUGCAAAACAAACAGGUUUUCCCCAUGAGCAGCCUGAAUGCGUUGUAGGGGAAAAUAUACACACACCAUACAUUAAAUACAGCAAACCAAAAGAGAAUUAUUAUUGGCACUUUACAUUUUGAGUAUGCUGUCCUCCCGUCCAUGAGGUCUUGUUUAAUAAAUGAGACAAAAUAUUACAAAUUUUGACAAGAAUGCUGAGUUGAUGAGGAUUUAGGACUACAGGAUAAGCUAGAUGCCCCAACAGUUAUCCUAGAUAUAGGCAUGUAAGGAGUGUCUAAGUACACCCUAUAGCAAGGCUUGUCCACACUACCUUAUUGAGGCUCCUGCUUAUUUCAGUAGCUCAUUGUAUAUUAUAUUUAUAAAUUAAGUUUACUAGACAAUUUUUUUUCACUUUUGAAGUUUGUAAGUCUUUAGCUGGUACAGGCGUCGUUUUGCGACCUACCUGUUUUACAACAGCUUGCACUUACAACCAGCUCUCUCGCGGGCUGGUAAGUGCGAGUCGUCGUGGGAAUUAGACGAACGCUGCAGAGCAGGAAAUCCCUCUAUGUUCGGGGGCAUAUUUCCGAACAUAGACAGACGCAACACAGCAGGGCAUCCCUCCAAUCUACAUUUGGGCAAAUUUGCCCGAGCAUAGAUUAGAGGGAUUCCCUGCUCUUGUGCGUUCAUCUAUGUUUGGGGAAAUGUCCCUGAAUACAGACAUGCGCACCAGAGCAGGGAAUCCCUCUAAUUUAUUCUCUGGGAAAUUUGCCCGAACAUAGAUUAGAGGGAUUCCCUGCUCUGGUGCGUUCACCUAUGUUCGGGGGGAAAUUUCUCCAAACAUAGACAAGCGCACCAGAGCAGGGAAUCCCUUAACUCCUCACUUGCCAACCAAUUCAUUUUAUGACCGGGUCGUAGGAACGGAACCCGGUCGGUAAGCGAGGAGUACCUGUAAUAUUUUAUUUUUUAAAACUUCAAUACAAAUUAACCUUUCAAUGGCAACAUUUACAGUAAAUAAUAUUUUAAAGGAUAUAGAAAAUGACCCAGGAUGCACAUGUUAAUAAAAUGUGAUACUCACCUAUGAAUCUUUAAGUAGCACUACAGUAUUACCAAGGACUGUAUUUGAUGGAAAGACUGAGAAAUAUGUUCAUGUUUUCCGUUAAAGUGGAGGAAAUCACCCACCCAGCUAUUCUGACAAGCAGUUAGACAUCUUAUACAGCAGCAGCAAUUUGUAUUAAGAUUACCAAAACAUUCCAUUUUCUGUAUGAUAUUUUGUAUAUUUAAUGAAAAACAAAAUUAAAUAUAUGCCAUAUAUACUUGAUAAGAGGGACUGCCUCUCUAGGAACAUUCAUUAAAAUAAAUGUAUUGCAGGUCCCAUUACUUGUGGGUAAGAACACAAAUCAUCUUUUCCAAGAGAGAUUUAGGGGUGGGAGCUGCCCCCUCCUCCCCCUCUGUUCCAGUGCCACUGCCUGUGGAUGACCGUGUCACUAAUGAAUGUAUUUUAAGGGGUAUAGGGGUUGAUAAAGGAGGUUUCAGGGUAUCUCCUGUCUCCUCAGAAGCUGCACUUUAUUGAGCAAAUUAUUCCAGCUUCUCUGUGUGUGCAAUAAACCGUUAUUUCUGAA